AUGUUUGAUAGAAUACUGGAUAAAAUUAGUAUUGCAUCAGUUAAUUUACUAGCAAAUAAUAAUCUUGAAAAUACUAAAAAUAUUGAAGAAUUAAAAAAAAAAAAAGAUAAGAAAGUUAUUGGUUUCCCUUUAUUAUUAAAUAUUCAAGACAAUAAAAAAAAGAGUAUUCUAUACUAUUACAGUGCCAAAAAACAAGAUGCAUUCUUAUAUUUGUUGAAGAAAAAAAAAUAUUGGAAAAUUAAACUUUUAAUUAAGGAUAUUAUUAACACAUAUAAGGAUAAAGAGUUUUUAAGUGAUUUUUCAUUAAAUUUCAUUUAUGAGCAUAUUAAAAAUAAGAAUAGUAUUAAAUUAUUGAAAAAUAGUGAUGUGUUUAAUUUAUUAUUAAUUUUAAGUCAAGAACUUUUAAAAUAUAGUUAUGAUGAUAAUUCUAUCAUUAACGAUAAAAAUACAAAAAUUUUAAAAAUGAGCUGUUUUUUACUAAGAUAUAUAUGCUUGAAUGAAACUAAAAGUACAAUGUUAGAUGACUGCUUUAUUUUAAUCUUUUUAAUGAAAUUGAAUUAUAUUUUGAAUAAAAAAAAAGUACAGAAUAAAUAUAUAAAAGGAAAUCACAAUUUUCAUUUUUAUCUUUUGUUACUAUAUUACUACAUAUAUGUUUACAAUAAUACAAAAAGUAUUGUUUUAUUACCAAGCAAAUUGAUAUUUAGGUGUGAAUUUAACGAUAUAAAUGAAUUAUCUUUAGUUUAUAAAAAAUAUGACUUUUUAAAAAAUAAUCUUUAUAACGUAAAUAGAUAUGGCACUUAUGCAAUUAAUGAUUAUAAUAAUUUUAGUAUAUUUGAUAAUUAUAUUAAGAAAAAGAAACAUAUUUUCUUUUUAAAAACAAAUUACUUAAUUAAUUUUAAUUGUUUAAAAGAAAAUUUUAAUGUAUUUUUUAAAUUUAAUGAUAUUUCUAAUGUACAUUUUAUAAUUGAUUUGAGCAAAUUGAAAAUUUUACAAAUGAAUUUACACGAGCAUUCAGUAAAAAGUAAAUUUGACGUAAUAAAUGAGUCUUUAAAUAAUUUUAUGCAAUUUUCUUUAAAUACAUUAUUUAAACUAAAUAAUUACAAUACUAAAGAUAAUGAAAAGUUCAUAUAUGAAGAAUCUAAAAAAAAUAAAAUCAAUAUUGUAAGAAAUAAUGAUGAUUCAUUAAAUAAAGCAAUUAAUAAAAGCAACAAGUUACGUAAAAAUAUUUUAUUAAAAAAUAUAAAUAAUAAAAAGAAAAAUGGGAAUAACAAAAUAAUAUUAACAGAAUUAGUAUAUCAGCUAUUAGAUUAUGUAACAUUAAAUGAGAAGAUGUAUUAUAAUAACAAAAACAACAUAAUUGAAAAUUCAUUAAAUGAAAUAAUAAAUUAUAUUGAGAAGAAGUAUAAGUUAAAAUAUGUUAGUAAUGCAAAAGACACUGGUAUUUCUCAUAAUGAAAAUAAAAAAUACAAAGAUGGAAAGAAUUUAGAUAAUGAAGAAAAUAUACUAUUCAAUAUAAUUAAUACAGAAAACAAAUUAAAAAAUAAGAAUAAUUUAAAUUUAGAAAAUUUACUAAAAAAAAUAAAUGAGUUAUUGAAUAUAAUUCAAAAUUCAUCCAUUUUUAUAAACACAGGUCUUCAUAUAAUUUUAAGAAAUAUAUUUAUAAAUAAUUUAAACUCUUUAAAUAUGGAUUUAUUAUUUCUUAUAAAUAUGUAUUCAAAUAAUAAUUUUAAGAGAAAAUUUUUUCAUUAUGAUUUGAAAUAUGUAGAGGCCGAGGAUAAUUCAUAUGGAAAUAUUACCGAAAAGGAAGGAAAAGAUUCUUAUAAAAAUGAAAAUAUAAAAAAUGAACUGGAGAAAGAUAAUGAAAAGUUUAAUACUACCUUAAAUACACCAUCUUUGAACCUGCCUUCAUUAAAUUUACCUUCAUUAAAUAAAUCAGAAGAAGAAAAUGAUUUUAAUUUAGAAAUUAAAAAAAAAUUGCAUAUUAAAAAAAGGCAAAAUAGCAACAUCUAUAAUGAAUUAGCAAUUAUUAUAAAAAUUUUUGCUAAUUGCUUCUCUGCAAGGGAUUUAUGUUUUAACUCUUUUUCUCUUUUAUAUUUUAUGUAUAAAAAUUUACUUCAGAAUGUAUUGAGUAUAUCAUUUAAUUUUACAUAUUUUAUUAGUGCUGAAUUUUUCUUUUUUAAUGAUAGUAUAAACUUUCACUCUUUGAUAAAUUUAAAAAAGGAAUUAAUACCAAGUUCUUUGUAUUUUGAUAGUAUAAGAGCAUUCACAAACAUAAAAUCUCAUUAUAAAUAUUUUAUAAAUGAAAUAAAAAAAAGGAAAAGAAAAGAUAAAAGGAAGAAGAUCAUUUUGUUAGAGAACUUAAAUAGAGGAAAUGAAGAAAUGAAAAUUUUGUGUGAAAAUGAAAAAAAAAAAAAAAAAAAUAAAAAAACAUUUGAAUCAUUUUUAGAAGAUGUAGAUAAAAUGUUGAAAGAAGAAAUUUUAGAAAAAAAAAUAAAUGAUAAAAAUAUACUAUAUAGUGAGGGAAAAAAAAAAAAAAAAAAUGUUCUAUUAGAUGAACAUAUGUAUAUGAUAAGUAAAUAUAAUCAUCAUUUUUAUAAUUUACAUGAUAGAUUUUUGCCUAUAUAUACUUACUCAAAAAAAUAUAAUAUAUAUAAAAAUAAAAUAUGGAUUAAAAAUAAGAAAAAAAAAAAAAAAAAAAAAUGUGAGAAAAAUGAUGAAAAAAAAAAAAAAAAAAUUGAUAUAGUUUUUGUUCAUGGAUUAAGAGGUAGUGCUCUACGUACUUGGAGAUUUUCAAAUUUGUAUGACAAUGGUUCAUCAUAUUAUUUUUAUAAUAAAAAUAAUAAAUUAAAAAAAAUAAAUAAUGAAAAAAAUGUUAUAUAUAAUAAUAAUAUAAAAUUAAAUGAAAUUAAUAGUAAAAAUAGAUUUAAUUUUUUUGAGAACCUGAAAAAAGAAAAUAAAAACUCAAAUGAAACAUAUACUAAUUCAUUAAAAGAAAAGAUAGAGAAAGGUAAAAUAGAAAUAAAAAAGAAAGAUGAAUUCUUCAAUGUUAAAAAUAAUAAUAUGAGUAAGUUGAAAGAAAAAGAAAAUGUAAUUAUUUUUGAUGAAACAAGAAAGAAGAUAAGACAAUGUUUAAAAGUAAAAAAUAAUUUUCAUUUCAUAAUAAAUAAAAAUAUAAUAAAUAAAUUAAUGCUAAAUUACAAGCAUAACCAAAAUAUAUUGCCAAUGUAUACCAAUACUAAUGUAAUAAAUAAAAAUGUUUUUAAGUGUGUAUUUUUACGUAAUCAAAAAUUAAAAAAUGAUCUUGACCUUUAUAGUGAUUUAUUAUCAUAUCAACUUUGGCCUAUAUAUUUAUUAUAUCCUCAUAAAAAAAAUUCAAAUAUAUACAUUUUUGAUUACUAUUCACCACUAUAUCCAGAUAAUACCUUUUAUACUAAAAAAUAUUUAAAAAAAAAAGAAGAAAAAAAGAAUAGGUAUUCUUAUGUAAAUAUAUUAAACUAUUUUUUUAAUAAAAAAAGUGAUGAGUAUAAUAAAAAAAAAUACUUUUAUACAGAUAGGAUGAAUUUAGAAGAAUUAUCCAAUUUUCUUCUAAAAAAAUUAAAAAAUAUAAAUCUAGGAAAAAAUAAUGAUAUCAUAUUUAUAGCUCAUUCCAUGGGUGGUCUAUUAACGCAAUAUGUACUUUUGAAAAAUGAUGAUAUUUUAAAUAAAACAAAAUUCAUUUUUUUUUAUGCAUCUCCACAUUUUGGCUCACCUUUAUCUUCAACUGCACUUUUAUUCAAAACAUUUUUAUCUCCAUAUGUGUAUCAACUAAAUGACUAUGAUUCAACAUUAAGUUAUUUACAAUAUUGUUUUCGAGAAAGAAUAAAAAAUAGAGGUAUAAAAGUUUACUCCUUUUCAGAGUCAGAAAAAACUCCUUUGCCAAUUAUAGGUUUACAUACAAUGAUAGUACCUAGUAUGUUUGCUUACUUAAAUUAUUCUCAAAUUUUUGCAAUUAUAAAGAACUGUAAUCACGUAGAAAUCAGUAAAUUAAAUAGUGAAGAAGAUAUAAAAUAUUAUUAUUUAAAUAAAGCAAUCAAAAAAUUAUUAAAGAAAGAUUAA